GCCAUUCAUGCUAUUCAUGCCAUGCGUUCAUGUGCUGUCAUGAAUUUGACACAUUAUCGACCAAUCGCUUCUUUAUCCACCACUGCAGUAAAGAAACCGCCCACUGCUUUGUUACUGAUGAACAUGGGAGGACCUCAUACUCUACAAGAAGUUGAACCCUUUCUGUUCAGACUAUUCUCUGACAAGGAUCUGAUUCCUCUGCCAUUUCAAUCCCAGCUGGCUCCCUUUAUUUCAAAGCGUCGUACUCCGAAAAUCAAAGAUCAAUAUGCCCAGAUUGGCGGUGGUUCUCCCAUCAGAAUGUGGAGUGAGCGUCAAGGCCAGCUUGUAGAAAAACUAAUGGACACUCUCUCCCCGGAAACUGCUCCCCACAAGAGCUUCGUCGCAUUCAGGUAUGCCUCACCGCUUACUGAAGAAGCCCUGGAAGAAAUGAAGAAGGCUGGUGUCAAAAGAGCCGUUGCUCUGACUCUUUAUCCCCAAUAUUCUUGCUCUACUACUGGAAGCAGUCUCAAUCAGCUAUGGCGCUCUCUUCAAACGAUCGAUCCCAAAAACGAAAUCAAGUGGAGUGUUAUUGAUCGCUAUCCAACCCAUGCCAAACUUAUUGAUGCAUUUGCACGCAAUAUCGAAAAGUCACUUGCAGGCUAUUCAGAAGCAGAUCGUAAAAAUGUCGUUCUUCUCUUUUCGGCACACUCACUUCCCAUGUCGGUAGUAAAUCGUGGGGAUCCUUAUCCUGCUGAAGUUGCUGCCACGGUUCAUCAAGUCAUGAAUCGACUUGGCAACACCAAUCCAUAUCGGUUGGUAUGGCAAUCUCAAGUUGGUCCUUCUCAAUGGCUUGGUCCAAAAACUGACCAAGCUAUCGAGGGCUAUGCGAAACAAGGUGUCAAACAUUUGCUGGCAAUCCCAAUUGCAUUCGUCUCGGAUCACGUCGAAACACUGUUUGAAUUAGACAUUGAAUAUGGACAUCUCGCUAAAGAGAAGGGAAUUGAUUUCCGUCGUGUAGAAUCACUAAAUGACAAUGCAAUAUUUAUCGAGGCACUUGCUGAUCUCGUCAAUACUCAUCUAAAAAGCCACACAUCCAUAUCCACUCAGCUAUUAUUAAGAUGUCCUUCUUGUUCUAACGCUACAUGUGGCAAAACCAAAAGCUUUUUUGAAGGUCAAAAAUCCAUGAUCUAGUCACAAUCAUGUGCUUUUUGAUACCAGUUGACACUCCAUAUUAUCUUGACAAUUGCUUGAUCAAAUGAACAAUGCUAUAUGCAAUAGC